AUGGUUCUUUCCACGAGUUCUUUCUUUUCGGGAAGUGGAAAUCGCACACGAACUACUACCUCGAGGUCUGAUCGCAGUGCCUCCACRAAUGAUCAGGACCGGCGAGAAACAGUAGUGGUGAGUUCGCUGGAGUUGCGACAAAUAUUCGAAAGCAUUAAGAUAUUGAGCAACACAGUUAAAGAACAAAGUGGCAAACUCGAGCAGUUGAACAACAAUGUGAGUUUCGUGAAAGCUGAACUCAUAAAGUUAUCAACUACUGUGGAUGAGAUGCGGUCCGAGCUUCCAUUGAUAAAGGAGGCGGCAAACGAACAAACUGGCAGCCAACAUUACGGACCAGUCCCUAAAGCAGUAAAGGAUGCCGUUCAUUUACUGCAUAACAAGCAAGAAGACAACAACAAGUUCAAAGGACAGGAAAGGGUUGACAGCUCUCACAAUUCAAGGCUGAGAAGUUUUCUAGUAACAGAGUUGGAAAAAGACGCGGAUUUAAGUGAAUUUUCAAAGCAAACGAUUUUUCGUGGUGUGACAAGAUACUACGAAACUAAGCGCCAGCAACAUCUGGACACUUUACCUGAGCGUUUAGAGGCUGCAGAAAAGAAGAAUUAUGAAAAAAAACUCACAUCCAGAAGACGGAGACUAUUUGUCAAUCGCCUCAAAGUGUGCGACGAAAAUCARCAAGAAAGGUGGCAGGAACUAGAUCCCAUUCUAAUGAGUGACGAAGAGGAUGGAACUGGAGAAAAUUCAGGCGCUUGGCUUGUUCGAAAGCCAAUAUGGCGAAGCCCGGAACUGGAAAAUCUCAUAGCAACACUCCAGAAAAAAGUGGACGAAAGGGAUGCAAAAACCACUUUCAAACAUCCCAAAAAUAGGCGUGUACUUGGGCGACCUUGUCAGAGGCCUGUGCCAUCUUCUUCUCCAUCCUGGGCCAUCCGUGAAAGACAGCCUGCAGCCCGGAGUAAUCCUUCAAGUAAUUCGUCGUCGUCGUCGUCCUCCCCCUCUCAACACUCAACUUCAACUCCACGAGCACAAGCAAGUACACCUCGUCUGAUAACCCCUACUUCUCCCUCAAUGCCUCGUAACGCUUCUUCCUCAUCUAACAGCGGAAAUUCGGAAAGSCAAAGUCGUAAGCGGAAGGCAUCCAAAAAGAAACGUGACCAUCAUAURAAUAGACRGCGACUAGAACUAUCASACGUGGUACUCGCAGUUCAAGCUUCAAGCCAAGAGUAUGACAGCAGCGAUGAAAAUAUAAGCACUAGCGUUUGUUCAUCAAACUCCUCUAGCUCCAAAAAGCGAUAUCGCAGAAUAAUGAGUGACGAUGAAGACCAAUUUGAACUUUAACGUCAGUGUAUUUUGCAUAUUUUCAUUUA